CGGCCGGCGGCGGAGCGCUGGCUGUAACUUGACACCGGGGCGAGAGGCCGAGCGGAGAGAGGGAGCGAGAGCGGCGGCGGAGGAGAAGAGCCCCAGGGAGCGGGAUGGUGACCACCUCCUUCCCCUCCCCUUAGCGGCGCUCCGUAGCAGCAGCAGCCGCCGUAGGAGCGCCGGGGACUCUCGCCUGACGCGGAGCCGGGGACAGCCGGCGAUGGGGACGGGACGGAUCCCCUGAGCUCCCGGGAACUUUCCCGGCCGCGGGCAGCCGGAGCCGGGCAGGCGGAUGGAGGAUGCGCUUCCCCCGGCGGGCUGCGUGAGCCGGAGGCGGCGAAGGGGAGGAUGAAGAAGCAGCAGCAGCACGGCGGAGAAUGCCCGGCGUCCUGGCCCCCUGCGGCGGCGGCGGCGGGAGGGGGCCCGGGCCAGGGCGGGGGCUUGAUGAGGCGGCGGCCCCUCUCGCUGCUGCCCUUCCUCUCGCUGCGCGACUACGUCUUCUGCAUGGCCACCCUGCUGCUCUUCUGUUUGGGCUCCCUCUUCUACCAGCUCAACGGGGGCCCCCCGCACUUUCUGCUGGCCCUGCGGCACUGUCUGGGAAAUUCCACUUAUCUGGAUGACCACGGACCACCUCCUCAAAAGGUACUUCCUUUCCCCAGUCAGGUGGUCUACAACAGAGUUGGAAAGUGUGGAAGUCGAACUGUGGUUUUGCUUUUAAGAAUUUUAUCAGAGAAACAUGGAUUCAACCUGGUUACAUCUGACAUACAUAACAAAACAAGACUGACCAAAAAUGAGCAGAUGGAAUUGAUUAAAAACAUAAGCACUGCUGAGCAGCCCUAUUUAUUCACUAGACAUGUUCAUUUCCUCAACUUCUCAAGGUUUGGAGGAGACCAGCCCGUGUACAUCAAUAUUAUUAGAGAUCCUGUCAACCGAUUCCUGUCCAAUUAUUUUUUUCGACGUUUCGGAGACUGGAGAGGAGAACAGAAUCACAUGAUCCGUACCCCCAACAUGAGGCAGGAGGAAAGAUACCUGGACAUUAAUGUAUGUAUCCUUGAAAACUACCCUGAAUGUUCUAAUCCCAGGUUAUUUUACAUCAUACCAUAUUUCUGUGGACAGCAUCCAAGAUGCAGGGAGCCUGGUGAAUGGGCCCUUGAAAGAGCAAAGCUGAACGUUAAUGAAAAUUUUCUGCUUGUGGGCAUUCUGGAGGAGUUGGAGGAUGUGCUGCUUUUAUUAGAAAGAUUCUUACCUCAUUAUUUCAAGGAUGUGCUUAGCAUCUACAAAAAUCCAGAACAUAGGAAACUUGGCAAUCUGACUGUGACAGUGAAAAAGACCGUCCCCUCUCCAGAAGCAAUACAGGUCCUCUACCAACGCAUGAGAUAUGAAUAUGAGUUCUAUUACUAUGUGAAAGAACAGUUCCACCUGCUAAAGCGCAAGUUUGGACUGAAGUCUCAUAUCAGGAAACCAAGUCCCAGACCUGAGUUCUUCAUUCCUUCUCCCCUGGAAACAGAAGAACCAAUAAAUGAUGAGGAAGAAGAUGAUGAAAAGUGGCUAGAGGAUAUCUAUAAAAGGUGAUGGAUGGAAGAGCUAUCCUCUCUCUUCUGGUGGCCCCUCCAGCUUUCUUAAGAUUUUUUUUUAAUUAUUAUUAAAAGUAAUUCCUUAAGGAACUGAUUUAACGCGCAGCGGAUUUGAAAUGGGACAGAGGAGAUCAUUCCCACAUGCUGGAGCCAUUGGGAGAUACCUGAUUUUGCAGGUUUGAUUCAUUAUACAGUGUUGGCUCUAUAGCAUCCUUGCUCCAGCAUAGUUCAAGAGAGAAGGACCUACCAUCUGUCACAAAAUAACUUUUGGAAUACACAGUAGUCCUUUGUGAACUGCAGAAUACAAAAGAAUAGAUUGGGCAUUCAUGAAAAGCAAGUCUUACAGAUUCUCAUCUCUCUCUUUGACCAUAAAAAAGUCUUCAUAGCAUAACACUGUGGCAUGAACUACAGGCAGUGAGCCAUUUGGGAGGAGUGCCUCUUUCUGUCCAAAGCACACUGAUAUCCUAGUGGUAUGGUCAGAGCCAUUGCUUUGUCUUCAAAUUCAAGGGUACCAGGCUCAGGAAGAGGCUAGCUAACAGCUCCUUGAAUUACCUGUGCCAGCGGAGUGAGGUUGCUGUUCUACCAAAUCAGUACUAGUGAGUGUAAGGCAAGCUACAGGAACCAGAUAUUUUUGGUGAAGCCUUCUAGUUCAUAGAGUGGGAAACAUUACCAGGUCAGUGAAUAGCAACAACAAAUGUAAAGUGCCAAGCAGAGCUUUAUGUCAGCAGUUGAGUAUGUUUCUAUGAAACUCUAAAGGAAAAGGUGUAACAUAUGGGGUUUAUGUUCAAGAAUGGUAUUUUUAGAUUUUUAUCAUUCUUUUGGGUCACAAAUCCAAAGAGAUGCAGAAAAAGCUGCUCAUGAAAAAGCUGGGGUGAUCUGGAGCUCCUAUUAAGCACGACCUGUAUUUCUGAAACUGCAGAAUUUAAUUGUUCACAUCUGAAUCUGAACGCAGCUUCCCCACCAGCACAAACACCAAACUCCUGCUUUUAGUGUGGCUAGAAGGGAAAUUACCAAUAUGAGCAUACACAGCUUCUCUAGUUGAAAUAGUUCAGAAUCAUCAAACAAAGCCAAGAAGAUGUGCUCUCCAAAACCAAAGCUGAUUCAGUGAUAGGUUUGAAAGAGAGUCACUGUGAAAGUUGCCCUUGUUAACCACUACAGAUAUUAUCUGCCAACACUAGGAAAGGGAUCGGUGGAAACUGGUGAAAGAGAAGUAGCACCACUGUGUGAGGUGCUGGAGGUAUUCAGGUGGGUGUUCCUGGAGUGGGAUUCCCUGUGAUGUGGGUGUGCUGGCUGUUGGCCAGCCUGCCAGCCCUGGAGGUGCAGGAGGGACAGACACACAGGCAGUCCUGGGCAGAGCUCCUUGGCAUUCUGCUACACUGCAGAAUAGGGGGAGUUUGGGGUCUUGAUGAGGCCUUGUCCUCUUAUGCACCAUUAUUGCCAGAGAAAGCUGGACUAAUAGAGAAUAAGAG